GGAGAGUGGAGCGCGGCGAAGCAGCAAACAUAAAAACCGUGUCGCACAAAGCCAGCUUCUUCUUUCCUCAGUAGGACUAGUUGGAGUGAGGAGGACUUCAUAGUACACUCUCUCACACUCACACACACACACACGCACACAGGUCCGUUCAGAGGCGGCGUGGCGCGGGAGAUUUUGCUUUUUCAGUUUGAAAACCAGAAAAAACGUGUAAAGUUUGGUGGAGAUAGAUUCCUAAAUUCUAAUCGUUGAGAGGCGAGGAUUUUGGCUAUUCGGUUCUGUGUUGCCUCAUCGUGUGUGUUGGCGAGGUUUUGGGAUGAGUCCGAGGUUUGCACAUUCCCAGCUAACCCAGUACUCUCUGCCUGAAUUCACGAGAAUCCACAACGACCACCUCGCGGAACUGACCCCAACCUCUCUCGAUCUAUCAUACUACCGUGUGUGACCAUGGCCGAACAGACUAACCCCAGCACAACGACCGGCUCCGGCUCUGCUCCGCCACAGAGCCCCUCGCAGUCCGCCCAGACCUUCUCGCUGUCCCCACACAGCCUCAGCGGCAUGGACGUCCCCAGCAUGGGACAGAUGGGUCAGAUGGGACUGCCGACGACCAUGGGACAAGGCAUGCACCCGCUGCCUGCCGCCGGAGACCCCCUAGCCGGCCUGGCGCCCAAGUUCCCCCCUCAGAACUUCGACGUCCCGGACAUCAACUUCUCCAACAGCGUCAGCCCCAACUUUGACUUCGACCAAUCGCUGUUCACCACUGCCCAAAUGCUGAGCCAAUCAAACGCGCUGUUUGCCACCUCUUCUGGUCACGGAAUGGAGGGGCAGCCAAUCGCUGCGGGCCACGGUGGGAUGGGCGUGGCCAUGCAGACCACAGCGUCCAAUCAGAUGGGCAGAACGGCCCAGCAGAUGCCAAUGGGAUUCUUUCCGGGCACUUCUAAUAGCCCACCGGGAACUUCUAGCAGUGAGGACAGCGAUGAUUUGCCUUUGGCACAGACCCGUGUCGGCGUACGCGCUGUUCUUCCGCGACACACAGGCCACCAUCAAGGGGCACAACCCCAACGCCAGUUUUGGCGAGGUCUCCAAGAUUGUGGCGUCCAUGUGGGACCAGCUGGACCCCGAGCACAAGGACGUG